GCUGGGGGCGGUGCAGAGUCCGAGGUCUGCGCGCGGAGCCUGGCGCAACACCGCCUGAGAGCGGGACCGGAUGCGACCCUUCCAACCUCGCUUUCCCUGAGACGGGAGCGGGGCGGGGUGGGUCUGCACUAGGGUGCCGUUGCUGCCGCGCGGUCUUCACCGGAGAUGCGGUGCCCGCUGUGCAAGGCUCAGACCGCGCGCUGGCUCUCGGGUGUGGGAAAGAGCUGGCAAUGGCGGGUGACCCAGUGGCCGGCCCUUGGCCUGGUGCGUGCGGCACACGCGGCGCUCGCAGGUCUGGCACGCUCGUGCGUCGCGUGCUGACGAGCUCGUUCCGUACAGCUCCGUAAGCGAACCCCGCGCGGGGAAGAUGGCCUCCAAGGACAGCAGCGUUUCCGCGAACGAGACGGAUGAGGACGAAGACGAGGAAGGGGCUCAGUCAGAGGAGUCUUCCCGGGGAAGCACCGCAGGGUGCAGCGGAGAAAGUAAAACGGCGCUUGCGGACAGCGCUCCUCAGCAGGGGGCCUUGGAGCCGAGGGACGCGGGCAAGCUGGGCUGGGGGCGGACAGCUCUGCCAGCGUCCCCGCUUGGCCCAGAAAGACGAGUGGCAGAGCACCGUGUCGUGGGGACCGAGCUGAGAAAGAGAAAGAAAAGAGUAAGGGUGCUCUCUAUCAACCUGACCAACUGCAAGUACGAGAGUGUGCGGCGCGCAGCCCGGCGCUGUGGCCUGAAGGAAGUGGGGGACGAUGAGGAGUGGACAGUGUACUGGACCGACUGCUCAGUCUCCCUGGAGCGCGUCAUGGAAAUGAGGAGGUUCCAGAAAAUCAAUCAUUUCCCGGGCAUGACGGAGAUCUGCCGCAAGGACCUGCUGGCCCGGAACCUCAGCCGCAUGCUCAAGCUCUUCCCCAAGGAGUACAGCAUCUUCCCCCGCACCUGGUGCCUGCCAGCUGACUAUGGGGAUUUCCAGGCGUAUAGUCGCACAAGGAAGAACAGGACAUACAUCUGCAAGCCAGACAGCGGCUGCCAGGGGAGAGGCAUCUUCAUCACCCGCAGCCCCAAGGACAUCCAGCACGGGGAGCACAUGAUCUGCCAGCAGUACAUAGCCAAGGUACCAGGCCUCGGCCGGGGCUGGCAGCCUCAGGGUCCAGCCCAGGAUGCAGCUCCCUCCUCAUCCCACCGAUACAGCCUUCUGGCCUACCCCCUGCUUCGCCCAGCCUGCCAGUCCCUCCCCAGUGACAGCUCAGCUGGGAGAGGCCAACCACAGCUCUGUGCCCAGACUGCCUCAGCAGGUCCCCUCCCAGUGGACAUGCUGCCAGAGAAGUGCAGUGCCUCAAGGUGCCUAGCAAUGCUGCUGCCUUCUGCUCACACUUGCCUUGUCUCUCAGCCCUUCCUCAUUGAUGGCUUCAAGUUUGACAUGCGGAUCUACGUCCUGGUCACAUCCUGUGACCCCCUGAAGAUUUUUGUCUACAAGGAGGGGCUGGCUCGGUUUGCCACCAUGAGGUACAUCGAGCCCAGCAGCAGCAACCUGGAUGACAUCUGCAUGCACCUGACCAAUUAUGCCAUCAACAAGCACAACGAGAACUUCGUCCGGGACGACACAACUGGCAGCAAGAGGAAGCUGUCCACUCUGAAUACCUGGAUGGAGAACAACAGCUAUGACACGGCUGGGCUGUGGGAAGACAUAGAGGACAUCAUUAUCAAGACCCUGAUCUCGGCCCACCCGGUCCUGAAGCACAACUACCGCAGCUGCUUCCCCAACCACACUACCGGCUGCGCCUGCUUUGAGAUCCUGGGCUUCGACAUCCUGCUGGACAGGAAGCUGAAGCCCUGGCUGCUGGAGGUGAACCACUCGCCGAGCUUCACCACAGACUCGCGUCUGGACCGUGAGGUGAAGGAUGCAAUGUUGUGUGAUGCCAUCACCCUCAUCAACCUGCGCGCCUCCUGCGACAAGCGCAAAGUGCUGGAGGAAGACAAGCGGCGGGUGAAGCAGCGCCUCCUGCAGGCCCACGCGCCACCCCGGGAGGCCAGGCGCGAGCAGCUGGAGAGCAGCCAGGCUGCGUGGCUGGCCCAGGAGGAGAAGUACGAGAGCUCGCACCUGGGAGGCUACCGGCGCAUUUACCCAGGACGUGGGAUGGACAAGUACGAGCCCUUCUUCAAGCAAAGCAGCUCCCUCUUCCAAGAGACAGCAGCCUCCAGGGCCAGGGAGGAGUGUGCCAGGCAGCAGCUGGAGGGGAUCCGAGUGAAGCAGGAGCAGCGAGAAGCUGUCACUAAGAAAGGGAAGGACAGAAAAGAGCAGCUGCAGGGGGAGACAGCUGGGGAGAAACCCCGGCCCGCCGGCAGAGCCAGGGCCCUGCCCACCCACAUCUUCCACAGUGCCAAGGGCUGUGGUGGAAAGGCUCCACAGGUGCAGCUUGACUCCAUGCAGCCCCAGGACAUCAUAGCCCACGAGGAGACAGAGAGGGUCAGGGCUCUUCUACGCCGUGAGCACCUCAUCCGGGGCCUGGGCAUUGUGGACCAGCUCUCCCAGCUGCUCCUCAGCAGCGAGCCCGGGCCCCUGGACAUCCUCGGGCCCCACGUUGGUGUUGCUGAGAGCCAGCCGCCCUUCCUUUCAGACACACUUCGGAACCACGAGCCCCAGAGCUUAAUGACCCUCAUCCCCCUCUCGCUGCUGGGCAGGGCAGGCCGGUACCUGGGGCAGCUGCCUGCAGCCAGGGUCCAGCUGCUGGCCAGUCAAGGCUACACUCCCAGCCUCCCGGGCCCUCUGCCAGGCGCAGGCCAGGCCCUGCCCUACCGCACGCUGGUCAGGCUGCAGCACUACCCCCCGCCACAGAGGAGUGUGGGCUGGCUGGGGGGCCACGUGACGAGGACGGCAGCAGGGCCUGAGCCCCACGCACCCGCCAGCAUGGCGAAGGCGGGCGGGCAGAGGUUCUUCAGCGCCAGAGACCGGGCACGAGGCCGUGAGUACAGCUUGGAGGCAGAGGUUGCGCUGACGCCCUCGGGGCGCUCCCCCAGCUCCUGGGGGGACGUUGCUGGCUCAGUCAUUGCACAGGACCCUGCAGGUCUCUCCCCCAGCCGGGUAGCAGGCGACCGUCUUCUGCCUCGCUGUUUGCAGGGCACCACCCUCCCUCGCACAGCUGGCAGGACCCUCUGGCUUGCUGCCCUGCCUCCCGCCGUCCGCCUCGCUGCCAUAGGGGCGCCUGGCAGCAGAAGGGAGCUGGGGGCUGGGUAGUUUUCCUUGCAGCUGAUGGGAUGCUGCCCCCAGGGCCGGGGCAGGCACCAGUGUGAGGGCGAGGACUGCCCGCUGCCCUGCUGGCUGCCACAUCAGCCCUAACCCCCAUGCUCUCGUUGCAGAGGGCCCCGUGGUCAGGCGGCCCCUGCUCGCUGGUGCUGGCUAUCCCGGCUCCCUGAGCUGCCUGCCUCACGCCAGGCGAGCCCCG